AUGCGGUCCUUCUUCUCCCGCUCCCCCGAUCUUGAAGGAGGCCAAAACCGCACCUACAAAAAAGGUUUCACAGGCGAUCACCGUGGCCGCACACACAUUCCUCCACACCCUUCUCCUAUCUUUUCUACUCAAUCCCAACAAGAUCCCUUCAACUCUCCCCCCGCCGCAUACAGACACGACACCAUCUUCAAACCACCACCAAGCCCCAGUCCAAAGAGCGUCACAUUCAGCGACCGAUCAUGGAGUGCACUUUCCGGCGCCGGAACCGCAGUAAAUCCUGCUGGAAGUGGAAGAUUGCGCAAUGUACCUGCGACGGAUAGGACACAGUUGGAUAAAGAACAAUUAGACAGAUUACACGAAUAUCUUGGAGUUCUCCCCGGGAGUGGUACUCCGCAAACCCAGAGAGAAAAAAGACGUUUUAGUAUUAGUGAUCCUAAUGAUCGACCAAUUCCCAUUCCCAUACUUAAUUCCUCAACUCCUACGCCUCUCUCCCCGCAUUCGCGUGUUAAGAAAAAUUUAAAGCAGAAGGCGGCUGAACAGCAUUUUAGGAGGAAUAAUCAGAGUAGUGCGUAUUCGCAGGAUAGGUUGUUGGGGGAGGAGGAUCAGGUGGUUUAUCAGACGCAUGUUUUUAGGGAGGCAUUGAGGACGGCGCUUAGUAUGCGGAAGGGAGAGGAGGAGAGGGAGUUUGCUGGAGAGGUGAAGAGACCGGUUAUGCAGAGGAGAGGGGCGAGUGAGGGGGUUAGGGAGGGGGGUUUUGUGGGACCGCUUGAGGAGAGGAAGCUGGAGGAGGUUUUACCGAGAGAUUUGGAGGAGUUUUUGGAGAAAUAUGAUCCGAGGACGGGAGGAGAUGCCGGGAUGUGUUAG